CCCUACCCAGGAGUUUUUCUGCCCACCGUUCCACGGCUGUGUGUGAGGGAGAGGGGAAGAAAGGAGUUAAAUCCUCAACCCACAUGGCUCCUUUAUUUACCAUGAUGAAGGAGGGAGGCCAUUAUCCGAGCUUGGGGUCAUUAGGGGACACCCUGCCGUGCCACUAGUGAAGAUUCUGUAAGCCCCAUAGGUUUGCCUGAAGCUACUGAAAUAACACAGUGAAAAAGAAACCUGUCCGUUUUAAACCGCACCCUCUUCUUGGAGGCCAGGAUCAGGGAACUCUGAGUCUUGUGGAAGGCCCCUUGGUUCAGGUGUGGGAAAGUCUAGUAAGGGCUGGGACCCCUCGCGGAGUGCCCACUGCCCAGUCUGUUAGCGUCAUGUGCUCUGGACUCUGAGCUGCCCAGUGCUGGGCUUCCCAGUAAACAUCGUUCUCACCGGGCGGCUCAGCAGUGCAGUUCCUGCCUUAGCUGCCUGUAGUGGGAAGCUGGAGCAGCACACGGAAAGGCGCGGCGUCAUCUACAGCCCAGCCUGGCCCCUCAACUACCCGCCGGGCACCAACUGCAGCUGGUACAUCCAGGGUGACCGUGGGGACAUGAUCACCAUCAGACCCGGCGUGGGAGGGAUCUGGACCCUUCAAGGCAGCGUGUCGGCAGAAGGAAUUGUCCCUGAUGGGGCAUGCUUCCGCAACUUUGACGUGGAGGAGUCCCACCAGUGCUCCCUGGACUGGCUCAUGCUGGGCCCAGCGGCCCCACCCCGCCAGGAGGCCUUCCGGCUCUGCGGCUCUGCCAUCCCACCUGCCUUCAUCUCAGCCCGGGACCACGUCUGGAUCUUCUUUCACUCCGACGCCUCCAGCUCCGGCCAGGCCCAGGGCUUCCGUCUGUCGUACAUCCGAGGUAAGCUGGGCCAGGCGUCCUGCCAGGCCGAUGAGUUCCGCUGCGACAACGGCAAGUGCCUGCCGGGCCCAUGGCAGUGCAACACAGUGGAUGAGUGCGGUGACGGCUCGGACGAGGGCAACUGCUCGGCGCCCGCCUCUGAGCCGCCGGGCAGCCUGUGCCCCGGGGGCACCUUCCCCUGCAGCGGGGCACGCUCCACCCGCUGCCUGCCCACCGAGCGGCGCUGCGACGGCACGCAGGACUGCGGGGACGGCUCUGACGAGGCGGGCUGCCCUGACCUGGCAUGUGGCCGGCGGCUGGGCAGCUUCUACGGAUCCUUCGCCUCCCCAGACCUGUUCGGCGCGGCACGUGGGCCCUCGGACCUGCACUGCACGUGGCUGGUGGACACGCAGGACCCGCGGCGCGUGCUGCUGCAGCUGGAGCUGCGGCUGGGCUACGACGACUACGUGCAGGUGUACGAGGGCCUGGGCGAGCGCGGCGACCGCCUGCUGCAGACGCUGUCCUACCGCAGCAACCACCGGCCUGUGAGCCUCGAGGCCGCCCAGGGCCGCCUCACCGUGGCCUACCAUGCCCGCGCCCGCAGCGCCGGCCAUGGCUUCAAUGCCACCUAUCAGGUGAAGGGCUACUGCCUCCCGUGGGAGCAGCCGUGCGGGAGCGGCGGCGAGGGGGCUGCGGGCGACGCGGGCGAGCAGGGCUGCUUCUCCGAGCCCCAGCGCUGCGAUGGCUGGUGGCACUGCGCCAGCGGCCGCGACGAGCAGGGCUGCCCCGCCUGCCCGCCAGACCAGUACCCCUGCGAGGGCGGCAGCGGCCUGUGCUACGCGCCCGCAGACCGCUGCAACAACCAGAAGAGCUGCCCGGACGGUGCCGACGAGAAGAACUGCUUCUCCUGCCAGCCCGGCACCUUCCACUGCGGCACCAACCUGUGCAUUUUUGAGACGUGGCGCUGCGACGGCCAGGAGGACUGCCAGGAUGGCAGCGACGAGCACGGCUGCCUGGCGGCCGUGCCCCGCAAGGUCAUCACGGCAGCGCUCAUCGGCAGCCUGGUGUGCGGCCUGCUGCUGGUCAUCGCGCUGGGCUGCGCCUUCAAGCUCUACUCGCUGCGCACGCAGGAGUACAGGGCCUUCGAGACCCAGAUGACGCGCCUGGAGGCCGAGUUUGUGCGGCGGGAGGCACCCCCGUCCUACGGGCAGCUCAUCGCACAGGGCCUCAUUCCGCCCGUGGAGGACUUCCCCGUCUACAGUGCGUCCCAGGCCUCGGUGCUACAGAACCUUCGCACAGCCAUGCGGCGACAGAUGCGCCGCCACGCCUCCCGCCGAGGGCCGUCCCGCCGCCGCCUUGGCCGCCUCUGGAACCGGCUCUUUCACCGGCCGCGGGUGCCGCGGGGACAGAUCCCACUGCUGACAGCCGCACGCACCUCACAGACGGUGCUAGGUGACGGGCUCCUCCAGCCUGCAUCAGGGAGCACUCCGGACCCCCCAGCACCCCUCACGGACACAGGCAGCCCCGUGGCAGCUGGGGACGGGCCCCCCAGUGCCCCAGGCCAUGGGCCAGAAGUCGGAUCUGCCGUGCUGCCCCCCUCUGGCCUGCGGGACCCGGAGUGCAGGCUGGUGGACAAGGACAGAAAAGCCGGCAGGGACCCUCUGGUGGACAGCCCGGCCCCCGUGGACAUGCCUCGGGAGCCCUGCACGGCCCAGGACCCUCACCCCCCGGCUCCCACUGCCAGCAGCACCCUAGGCCCCCACCCACCAGAGCCACUGGGUGUCUGCAGGAGUCCCCCACCACCCUGCUCCCCAACGUUGGAGGCCAGUGACGAUGAGGCCCUGCUGGUCUGUUGACCCGUUGGACAUGCUGGUGACCGCCACAGCCCCGCUUUGUAACCAGGGAAUACACAGUCAUUUCUA